UUUAUUUGAUUCUUAACGGGCCAAAUAUUUUGAAGCCCAUUUGAUCUAUUAGGGCACUUUAACUUUCAACUAUAAAUUCAUACGUAUGAUCUUUUUGGGGAAACCCUAGCCGAUCAAGUUCUCUAGUCUCUCUUCCAUUUUACUCAGAGAUGGCCAAGUCGAAGAAUCACACGGCGCAUAACCAGUCGGCUAAGGCCCACAAGAACGGAAUCAAGAAGCCAAGGAGGCACCGUCACACUCCCACCAGAGGGAUGGAUCCUAAGUUCUUGAGGAACCAGAGGUACGCAAGGAAGCACAACGUCAAGAGCGGCGAGAAUGCCACCACUGAAGAUUAAGCUUUUGAUUCUCUCUGAGUGACGUUUUGAGGUUUUUUUUAAUGAAAUUAAGACUGUUUUAGACAAGGGAACCAAUUUACAUUUCGCGUUAUGUUUGGUUUGAUUAUGUUUAAGCGUGAGGUUUAUGUACUCUGUUAUCCUGGCCUUCAAUUUAAUAUCAUGGAUUUUCAUUUCGUA